GACACCUGCUACGCUUCCCGCAGGCCGGAUCUCCUGACAUUGGCGUCGUUUCCCUUGCGUAUUAAUAUUUUUGUCGUUAAUGAUCGGGAAUCUUCUUGAGAUCAUCGAUCAAGUCAUCUGGAUCCAAACCCAGAAAUCAUUCCUCGAUUGAAUCAAUAACCUGCACCGGCAGGACCAGCCGCCAUGCCUCGAGCUUGGGCAACUGCCCAGCGGCAACCUCCGGCUGAGAAGAGGGAAGAUCCAGUGACAGUUCUAGUCACUGGUUUCGGGCCGUUCCUCGAAAGAUUCCCAAAGAACACCUCCUGGGAAAUUGCCUCUACCCUUCCGGCUCUUCUACCAGCGACCUCGGACAACCCAACCCCAAUUCAUAUCCAUGUGCAUCAUGCCCCCAUCCGCGUCGCCUACAACUCUGUUCGCUCUCUUAUCCCUAAGCUUCUUCCACCCGAGAACCCAAUCACCCCUGUCCCAUCAAUCAUCCUUCACAUUGGCCUCGCAGCGGGCCGAGACUUCUACACCCUAGAGAAUGGCUCCCAUGGUCGAGGCUACGGCGCAAUCCCGGAUGUCGACGGCGAACGAUUCACCGAUCAAGAAUCCGAAGAAGCGUUCCCUCGAUCCAGCUUUCCCCCCGUAUUGAAAACUUCAUUCGACACUUCCGACGUUCUCUCCCGCUGGAAGGCCAAUCUGACGGAUAUCCAUCCCACCUCGGACGCUCGAUCCAGCAGCCACAUCCCCCCGAAGCGUGUUCCCGAUGUUCGUCUUACUCCCGAUGCUGGCAACUUCCUGUGCGGCUUUAUAUACUACAAUUCACUCGCACAUUACUUCGACAUCAAAGAGGAUGAGCGUCCAGUUGCAUUCCUGCAUGUCCCGGACCUGAGCUCUAGUGAGGUGGCUCUUGAUGUUGGGAGAGAAGUCGCCAUCGCACUCAUCAAGGCCCUGGUCGAAAGUCGAAGAGUCAAGGGUUGUGUCGAUAGCUUGCAGGGCGUGAAGCUUCCGAAUCAAGAUGAAGUUGAGAACGUGAGCGCAAGCACGGAUUUCAACUUUGCAUGAUCAGUGUAAAGGAGAAAUUGCCCCAAGUUUGCCAUUGAGGAUCUCAAGUAUAUAGGUACUUUCUGCAUGCCACCAUGUCGUUUUGGUAUAUUGCACGCCGGUGUUGUCGUACAUAAGACGCAAUGUUUUGUUUAGUUCUCUUCAAUUUCAAAUGCAUAUUGGUAUGUGGAAAUAUAAACUUGGAAUGAAAAAGAAGAAGAACACGUUGUUCGUGAGCUCACCGAUGUAUUUUAUUGCAACGAUGUAAGCCAUCCACAACAUAUUUGGGAGUCUGGAUGUCUUCUAAUUUUUCAGAUGUCGAGACAUGGACGAUUAAUUAUUGCCAUCUAUACAGAACAACUGAAACAAAGCCUAC